AUGCCUCCUAACAAGGGUGGAAACUCGAAGAAGGAGGCGGGCCGCGCACGCAAGGCCGACAACGAGGCCAAGAAGCAGGAGGUCGUCAGCAAGCAGAAGGAGGCCAAGGAGGCCGAGAACUGGAAGGCUGGCGCCAAGAGCUCGUCCAAGGCCGACGCUGAGGGGGCCAAAAAGGCCGAGGCAGCGGCCAAGAAGGCCGAGCGCGCCGCCCUCCUCGCCGCCGAGGAGGCCUCGGCCCCAGCAAAGGUCAAGGCUGCGCCCAAGGCCGGUGCCAAGAAGGGCGGCGCCAGCGCGCUCAAGCCCACUGCUGGCGCUGGCAUUGCCUCGUUCCGCACCGACGACCCCCAGGGCGUGCGUCGCGACGAGGACCGUACCGUCACCGAGCUGUCGGCUGUGGGCAUUGACCAGAUGCUCGAGGCGCUGGAACUUGCGAACGACAAGACGGACGCUAGCACUAUGGGUACCAAGACCGUCAACCCGCACCACCCCACUCGCAUUCCCGAAGCUAACGUCCAGGCCGCCGGUAUCGAGCGUCACCCCGAGCGCCGCUUCAAGGCCGCUUUCGAGGCCUACCUCGACCGUGAGAUGCCAAAGCUCAAGGAGGACCACCCCGGCCUGAGGCAGAACCAGAUGCGCGACAUCAUCUUCAAGCAGUUCCAGAAGGCCCCCGAGAACCCCUUCAACCAGGUCUCGCUCGCGUACAACGCUUCCAAGGAGGAGCGUCUCGACGCGCUCAAGCAGAACCGCGAGGCCCGCGAGGCCAAGUACCGCGUCGAGAACUGA